AUGUACCCUCAGGGCCGGCACCCGGCCCCCCACCAGCCUGGGCAGCCGGGGUUCAAGUUCACCGUGGCCGAGUCUUGCGAUCGCAUCAAGGAUGAGUUCCAGUUCCUGCAGGCGCAGUAUCACAGCCUUCGCGUGCUUGUUGCUUGUCCGCGCUUGCCGGUCCCUGCCGCUCACUGCUGUCGUCUUGUCCUUUUGCAGACGGAAAUCGCGAAAAGGCUGAACACGAUCCUGGCUCAGAUCAUGCCGUUCCUGUCGCAAGAGCACCAACAGCAGGUGGCCCAGGCUGUUGAGCGCGCCAAGCAGGUGACGAUGACCGAGCUGAAUGCUAUCAUCGGGCAACAGCAGCUCCAGGCACAGCACCUCUCUCACGCCGCUCACGGGCCCCCGGUCCAGCUGCCGCCUCACCCCUCCGGCCUGCAGCCGCCAGGGAUCCCCCCCGUCUCCGGGAGCAGCUCGGGGCUGCUGGCGCUCGGCGCUCUCGGCAGCCAGGCGCACUUGACCGUCAAAGACGAGAAGAACCAUCACGACCUCGAUCACAGAGAGCGCGACUCCAGCGCAAAUAACUCUGUCUCGCCGUCGGACAGCUUGAGAGCCAGCGAGAAGCACCGGAGCUCCACGGACUACAGCAUUGACUCCAAGAAGCGGAAAGCCGAGGAGAAGGACAGCAUGAGCCGAUACGACAGCGACGGCGACAAGAGCGAUGACCUGGUGGUGGACGUCUCUAACGAGGAUCCCGCCACGCCGCGCGUCAGCCCAGCCCACACCCCCCCGGAGAACGGGAUCGACAAAACCCGGGGGCUGAAGAAAGACGCGCCAAACAGCCCCGCCUCGGUGGCUUCCUCCAGUAGCACCCCCUCGUCCAAGACGAAAGACCUGGGCCACAACGACAAGUCGUCGACGCCGGGGCUCAAGUCCAACACUCCCACGCCGCGCAACGACGCUCCCACGCCCGGGACCAGCACGACCCCCGGCCUCCGGCCCAUGCCGGGAAAGCCCACGGGCAUGGACCCCCUGGCAUCAGCCCUGCGGACGCCCAUCUCCAUAGCAGGCUCCUACGCGGCCCCCUUUGCCAUGAUGGGGCACCCCGAGAUGAACGGGUCCCUCACCAGCCCGGGAGCCUACGCCGGGCUCCACAACAUCCCUCCCCAAAUGACGGCAGGCGCCCCCGCCGCCGCCGCCUACGGUCGAUCGCCAAUGGUGAGCUUUGGAGCUGGGCCCGUGCGGCAACCGGCGUGUCCUGUCGCAGCCCAGCAGGCCAGGGAAGGUGCCCCCAUCCCUGGAUUUCCGUCCCCUCUCGGCACAGUAGCCGCCUCGCUCUCUGCUAGUGCAUGGGGGAAGCGGUCGGGUUUCACGCGGUGGCCGGCGUCUGACGUGCCUCGUGUCUACUCUCAGGUCGGCUUCGACCCCCACCCACCCAUGCGGGCGCCCGGACUCCCCACCAGCCUGAGCUCCAUUCCCGGCGGGAAACCAGCCUACUCCUUCCAUGUAAGCGCGGACGGCCAGAUGCAGCCGGUGCCCUUUCCCCACGACGCCCUGGCCGGCCCCGGCAUCCCGCGGCAUGCCCGGCAGAUCAACACGCUGAGCCACGGCGAGGUGGUGUGUGCCGUGACCAUUAGCAACCCCACCCGGCACGUGUACACCGGCGGGAAGGGGUGUGUGAAGAUCUGGGAUAUCAGCCAGCCUGGCAGCAAGAGUCCCAUCUCGCAGCUGGAUUGCCUGAACAGAGAUAACUACAUCCGCUCCUGCAAGCUGCUGCCCGACGGGCGCACGCUGAUCGUGGGAGGGGAGGCCAGCACACUGACCAUCUGGGACCUGGCCUCCCCGACGCCGCGCAUCAAGGCCGAACUGACCUCCUCCGCUCCAGCCUGCUACGCCCUGGCCAUCAGCCCCGACGCCAAGGUCUGCUUCUCCUGCUGCAGCGACGGCAACAUCGCUGUGUGGGAUCUCCACAACCAGACGCUAGUCAGGCAAUUCCAAGGGCACACAGAUGGCGCGAGUUGCAUAGACAUCUCGCACGACGGUACAAAAUUGUGGACGGGGGGGCUGGACAACACCGUGCGUUCCUGGGACCUGAGGGAAGGAAGGCAGCUCCAGCAGCACGACUUUACUUCCCAGAUCUUCUCGCUGGGCUACUGCCCAACCGGGGAGUGGCUGGCAGUGGGCAUGGAAAGCAGCAACGUGGAGGUGCUGCACCACACCAAGCCGGACAAGUACCAGCUGCACCUGCACGAGAGCUGCGUCCUGUCGCUGAAAUUCGCCUACUGUGGUAAAUGGUUUGUGAGUACGGGGAAAGACAACCUGCUCAAUGCCUGGAGAACUCCCUAUGGGGCCAGCAUCUUCCAGUCGAAAGAAUCCUCAUCUGUCUUGAGUUGUGACAUUUCAGCAGAUGACAAAUACAUUGUAACAGGCUCUGGUGACAAGAAGGCCACAGUCUAUGAGGUCAUCUAUUAAACACGGAUUUUAACGGGGCUGUCAACUCCGAAGAUCAGGCUGCAGCCUGACAACACAAUGGCGAGGCUCUGAAGGAUGGAGGGGAAAUGAAAGCCGACCAGCCAUGCAUUGAGACAUUGUUUUCUGCUGGGCGGUGUACCACGGGUCCCUGAAGCCUUGGAGAGGAUGCAUUUAAGGCCGGGUCUAUACUACGGAGGGACUGAUGAUGUAUGGAUUGCUUUGAAGGCCUGCAAAGAUGCACACAUCAGAGCCCUAAAGUGAUUCUGGUUUGGUUUGGGGGCUUGGUUUUCCCCACCCCCACCCCUUUAUUUUAUUUUUAUUUUUUUUGGUUCUUUUGUCUGCGCUUUGGUGGCACUAUAAAGGACUUAUUUUUUAUCGUGACUUUUUUUUUUUCCUUCUUUUUUGGUGCACGCUGCAUAAGACUUGUGAAAAGUGUAAAUAAAGGACUCGUACCUAGAAUCGGAAGGGUGGGGGAAUCCUCCUGGUACACUAGUUGUGUAUUUUUUUUUAUUUUAUUUUUUUUUUGUCUGCUGUAAUUGUAUUCCACUGAUGGUUUGGUGGUGGCAAAGUUCCCCUUCUCCCCCCAUCCCCUCCCAGCCCUCACCUCCCCAUUUGGGGCACUUCUUUGACAUGCAGCUUGUAACCAGGUUGAGCAAAGAUGUCCACUGGUGAAGUUGUUCCUACUGUUGUAUAUGUGAAUUGUCCAGCGUGUUAGUCCCAUGUUUGAACACUGUACGGACUGAAGUCAAAUUGGUCAGAUCUUCAGCUACUGAUGUGACAUCAGCAAAAACAAUCACGUUUUUAUAUGGAUUUUUUUUUUUUUUUUUUUUUUUUGUGCUCAUAUGUUUGAAGAAAACGGGAAGUCCACCUUCUGCAAUGCUUCUGCUCAAGCCCUUCUUGAUCUUUGGACAUAAACAACGAGGAAUAAUUUCAAAGAAAGCAUAGUAAAAAAAACAAAAACAAAAAAAAAAACAGCUCAGGGAGCCAUGAAAGAUAAUAGCAACUUAAGUGUUUUGUAUUCAAAUGAAAGUAAAAAAUUAGAAUUGAUAACCUUUAAAAUACAUUUUUUUUUUUUUUUUAAAGUUUACUAACCGGUAGGGUUUGUGUGUGGUGGGGGAAGGGGUGGGGGGCUGUCUCUGGUAGGGCUCUGUGGCUUUUACGGUCUUGUGACUUCUGGCGUAUAGGUUUCAACGAAGCAAAACCCAUCCCCACACAGGCCUGCGUUUCAGCGUUUUGUACUAAAGGGUAAAAAUGAAUAAAUAAUGGAAAAUAAAAAGUAUUUGUGUAGCAGACGUGCUCACCCUGUAUUGUAGCAUACGGAAGAGAAUUUUUAUACUACAUUUUUAUGGAUUAUUUUUUAAUUUUUGAUUUUAAUCUGGUCAAAAGAUAAUUAGGGUUAAGGUGAAGAAAGAAGAAAAAAAAACAACUACCUGUUUUAAAUGCAUUGAUAAUACAAAAGGAUGAUAAUGUAGAGAUGCUCUUUACCUUUCUGUUCUUGGAUGCGUGUUCAGCAUCAAGGCAGUAUCCCAAGUUCUCCGCGGUACCCUCCAGCUGUGGCAAUGGUUUGGGAUGGAGUAGACGAGAGGUGAAAAUCAAUUUUAUGAGAUUUUCUUUUCGGUGUUUAAGAUGUGAUGGGGGUUUUUUUUUUGCUCAAGACUCGAGUGAGGGAAACCUCAAAGGCAAAAGCAUGCACCUGACCUGACUGGGAAAUAGGCGCCUGUGAUUCUGAGACCCUCGCUCUGUAGCACGAAAGCUUGGGCCUUGAUUUACCGUGUGCAUGAUGUAUUGGAAAAGAGCUGGCCUAGGAAAACCUGCAUUGUUGGGUUUGGUUUUGUGUUUUUGGAGGGCGGUUAUGUCGAGAAAAAUGACUGUGAAACCAACACCAUCCCCGGUGGAUGCGCAGAUGCAGUCAGAGCUGCUUAGUUUAAUGACUGCAGCGUUUGACUGCUUCUGGCUCUGCGCUGACCUGGCUGCUUUGAAUAACCAGCUUAUCAACACAACGAUGAGCCACGGCCGGGUUUGCAUGGGAAGAGCUUUUUCCAGUCCACACUCAGGGCUGCAGCAGAGACUGCCGUAUCAGCCGGGGAUUUGUGAUGCUUCCCACCCUAGACUCACCCCCAGGAGCCUUCCUGGGCAUCCGGUCUGAAUUGGUUGUGGGUGGUAUAUAAUCUCCUAGCUUUUAAACAUGCAUGCAGAAGCCCAUGAGAAACAGCCCCCACGGGGGUCCCACAAAUACCCCUUUUGCGGUCAUUUUUCAGAGUAGUAACCCACCCCAGAUGACUAACAUGCCGGGGAUGGCACAGGUUCAGACGGCUGUGAACUUUGCAAUGGGGGAGCUCCCACUCUCACGCGCUGAUGUCCCGAGCGGUUUCUUGGUUGCACGCUGGUGCUUUUCUAAAAAAUACAUAAAUAAAGCAAAAAGUAAAAAAAAAAAAAAA